AUGGAUAAAAAGUGGUACAUGAUUACGACCAUUUCGGGUAAAGAGGAUAAGGUAAUUGAGUCGCUUAAAAACCGGGUAGUUUCCGAAAACAUGCAGGACGAUUUUGACGAGUUCAAAGUCAUGCGCGUACCCCAUCUAACUCCCCGCGAGUUAGCUAAAAAAAACGCCAACGAACCGCACCGCGUUCGCGAAGUUAAUCUUUACCCAGGCUACAUUUUCAUCCGCAUGCGGAUGGGCAACGAAGCUUGGUUUUUGGUGCGUAACACCGAGUACGUGACGGGAUUAGUUGGCUCAUCGGGUCAGCGCACCAAACCGACACCGGUUUCCAAUUUAGAGAUGCGCAAAAUGAUUAAACGCGUCGAAAAAAUCCGCCACGAUUUUGAUGCCGGAAUCGUGCGGACCAACUUUGUGCCGGGUGUGAUCGUCGAGAUUAUCGACGGACCGGCCAAAGGUCAAAUCGGUCCGAUUUUAGAAAACGACGACGAACGGCAAGUGGCUAACGUGGAACUAAUUAUGUUUGAGCGCAAAACUCCGACCGAAAUUAGUUACAAAGAUUUAAAAAUCCGCAAGUAG